GCUGGAGAUUCGAGUUCGUUGGCGCGUUCGCCCGCGCCGCAGAGCGAUUUCGUGCGAGGUUCGUUUAGUCAAGUGCCGUUCACGCCGGGAGGAGAAGGAUGGGACGCAGCCGCGCGAGAGAGCGCGGCAAAGCGUAUGGAGCUGGCGAGUCGCGCGGGAAAGGCGUGGUUGGAAGAGUUUGAAGCGGGGACGUAUCUCUCAGCGUCGACUCUACCAAACACGCUGCACGGGAUGCGAGAAAUGUUUGAUUUAGACAGUGGCAUGGAGCAAAUGGAGCUCGAGCUUGAAAAGCUGACAGUGAUGGACGAUGAAGAGUUACCGAUGUCGUACGACGAUUUAUUCAUCGAUGCGCUUCGCGGCGCUGUUCGACCGGAGGAAUCAUCGAGCGAGGAGGAUGACACGGAGGACGAAACGGAGGACGAAACGGAAGAGGACGGCGAAGCGGUCGACGAAGUCACGCUCGAAGGCGAAGCCGAAGUCGAGGCAUUACUGAACGGCACAAAAUCCAUUAUUGCGGCUCGAAGGCGAAGUAAGUCGAGGAAGAAGAAAGGAGAGACAUGGGCCGUCAUGGAGAGAUUUGACGACGUUCAGGAAGCGUAUAGACGCGAGGUACCCGAACCGGCGCACGAUUUCCCAUUCGAACUCGAUUUAUUUCAGAAAGAAGCCAUCGUCCACUUGGAAAAGUCCGAGAAUGUGUUCGUUGCAGCGCACACUUCCGCGGGCAAGACCGUGGUUGCGGAAUACGCCUUUGCGCUGGCUACGAAACACUGCACGCGCGCCAUCUAUACGUCUCCAAUCAAGACGAUUAGCAACCAAAAGUUUAGAGAUUUUGGGAAGAUGUUCGACGUCGGCCUGUUGACAGGUGACGUUUCCAUCAAACCAGAAGCGGCUUGUCUCAUCAUGACGACGGAAAUUUUGCGGAGUAUGCUGUAUCGAGGCGCGGAUCUGAUACGCGACGUCGAAUGGGUUAUCUUUGACGAGGUGCACUACGUAAAUGACGCCGAGAGAGGUGUCGUGUGGGAAGAGGUCAUCAUCAUGCUUCCCGCGCACGUUGGUUUGAUUUUGUUGUCUGCCACGGUACCAAACGUUUUCGAGUUUGCUGAUUGGGUUGGAAGAACGAAGAGAAAGAAAAUAUUCGUCACGGGAACGAAGAAGCGACCUGUGCCGCUCGAACACUGCAUCUACUUCGGAGGCGAUAAGGAGAAGGACUUUUACAAGGUCGGAGAGCACGAAGCAUUCUUGCCGACUGGGUAUAAAGUCGCGUCAGAUGCGCACAAAAAGAAGCUACUUGGUAACAAAACGACGACGGCAACACCAGCAAAUGCGCAAGCUGCGAAACAAACCGCGCUCGCCGGACGGGGCGGCCGUGGUGGAGCCCAACAAGGGCGAGGAGGCCGAGUGGGCGGGCGCGGAGGAACCCAAAACGUCACCGGUGGACGAGGAAGCUCGUUUGGACCCAACGCUGGGCGCGAUAAGAAUAUGUGGGUAGAGCUCAUUCGCAAUCUUGAACGUCGAGAACUACUACCCAUGGUUGUAUUUGCGUUUAGCAAGAAACGAUGCGACACUCUCGUCGACAGCCUGACGUCGAUGGAUCUCACAUCAAGCUCUGAGAAGCACGAAAUCCACGUAUUUUGUGAACGCGCGCUGAGUCGAUUAUCCGUCACCGACCGCAAGUUACCGCAAGUCCUUCGCGUGCGCGAACUCCUUCGUCGAGGUCUCGGCGUGCAUCACGCUGGUCUACUGCCAAUCGUCAAGGAGAUUGUCGAGAUGUUGUUUUGUCGUGGUUUGCUUAAAGUUCUCUAUUGCACGGAAACUUUUGCGAUGGGUGUAAACGCUCCAGCUCGUUGUGUGUGCUUCCAAAGUCUGCGCAAACAUGACGGGCAAGAUUUCAGAGGUCUUCUAAGUGGUGAAUAUACGCAAAUGGCUGGCCGCGCUGGACGUCGAGGCCUCGACACAGUCGGCACCGUCAUCUUGGCAGCUUGGGAGAACUUUCCUCCAGAACUUGAGCUUCGUCAGUUGCUGUCGGGUCAAGCAACGAAAUUGCAGUCACAGUUCCGAUUGACGUACGGCAUGAUUCUCAACCUCAUGCGAGUCGAGGACUUGCGCGUCGAGGAUAUGCUCGCGCGCUCGUUUGCCGAAUUCCAUGCACAGCGCAGCGUCAUAGAUCGACGAGGCGAUCUCGCUAUCGACACCGCUGCUCUUCGCAAAGUAGAGUCGCUCAUGCAAACUGAAGCGCAGUUUUCACCGGAUGAAUGGCAGAAAGCCGUUCAUUGGGACGACCAUGCGAGAGAGAUUGCACGAAGCGUGGAGCACGUGAGAGAAGCCAUCAUGACGAGUCGAGGGGCGCAAAACGCACUCAGCCCGGGAAGGGUCUUGCUCGUCGCUCCUGAAGGCGAGGGAGGUGAGAGUGUGGACGGACUACCAAGAGGUGGUGUCGCAAAACAUUGCGUGCUCCUGCGCGUGGUGACUUCUGCGACGAAUGGAAAGUCUUUCGUGCGCGGUGGCACGACCUCAAAUAAAAUGCCCGACGGCCUUCCGUGGUUUCGACAAGCGGGCGGCAUCGAUUACAUUGUCGCGAGCGUUCCUGAGACCGCGAUACUCGCUAUCACGACUAGUCGGUUGAGCGUAGAAGCGGACGCAAUACUAGAUGGUAGUGGUGACGUAGCGGCGACUUCUCGAGCGCUCCUAUCGAUGGAGAAAUUGUCGAGUGAGACCUCGUUUGAAGCUCUCCACCCGCUCAAGGAUUUGAAGAUACAAGACAUCGUCACCGUGGAAGCUUGUCAGCAUCACGCCGACUUGGUGAAGAGCUUGCCCCCGAGACCGGUCGCAUCGGCGCAGAAACUUCGUGAAUGGUCGGCGUUGCUGCGAGCAAAACAUGUUCUCACUUCUCGUGUCGCCGAGCUGGAGUUCGGAUUGUCAGACGCAAACUUGCUCCAAAUGCCCGAUUUUGAAGCGCGCGUCGCUGUGCUCCAGCGCAUGGGCUAUCUCGACGAAAACAGGACGGUGACGUUGAAAGGUCGCGUGGCGUGUGAAAUUGCCACUGGGGACGAGCUCGUCGGAACAGAAAUUAUAUUUGCGGGCGUGCUCACGGAUAUACCUUCAGAGGAAGCCGUGGCGCUUCUCGCGGCGCUCGUCUUUCAAGAAAAGAAUGCUUCCCCGCCCAACCUCGAAGGCUCGCUCAAAGCGGCGUGUGAUCGCGCGAAAGAGCUAGCGUUUGCCGCCGGCGAGAUACAGAUGGCACAUGGUCUACCGAUUGCGCCUGAUGAAUUCGUAGAGACGACCAUGCGCUUUGGUUUAUCCGAAGUCGUCUACGAGUGGGCGCGCGGCACGCCGUUCGCGGACAUCUGUCAGCUCACCGACGUGCAAGAGGGAAGCGUCGUUCGCACCAUCGUUCGACUCGAUGAAAUGUGCCGCGACGUGAGGAACGCGGCGAGAAUCAUGGGCGAUAGCACCUUGUUCGCGAAAAUGGAAGAAGCGAGCGCGGCGAUUAAACGCGACAUUGUCUUCAGCGCGUCGCUCUACGUC